AUGGCAGCGGAACUCGUCGAUCUUAUUAAAUCGAAUGCAAAGCCUCUCCCGCCCCUUUCAAGUCGGUCUUUCGGGUCUCAAUUUGACCACCUUGGGAAGUAUAAGGUCGUCUUGCUCGGUGACGGAACGCACGGCACAUCAGAAUUCUAUCGAGCCCGCGCAGAGAUAACCAAGCAUCUCAUCCAACACCACGGCUUUGAUGCUGUAGCUGUUGAGGCAGAUUGGCCUGAUUCUGAAGCGGUAGACAGAUAUGUGAGACAACGUCCGGGUGUUAAAGCAAAAAUCGAGUGCCCAGAGGAACCCGCCUUCCAGCGAUUUCCAACAUGGAUGUGGCAAAAUUCAGACGUUCAGGACAUGGUGCACUGGAUGAGGGACCAUAAUCGCAAUCUCCCACAUCACAAACGAGUUGGUUUUUAUGGGUUGGAUUUGUACAGUAUGGGCCGAUCCAUCGACUCUAUCAUCAAAUACCUGGACACAAUAGAUCCAAAAAUGGCAAAGCUUGCUCGCCAGCGCUAUGGGUGUUUGCAACCUUGGGUUGAAGAUCCAGCGGAGUAUGGCUUAGCUAGUUACCUUGAUAGUGGAAUGAAUACUUGUGAAGAACAAGUACUCGACAUGCUCCGUGAUCUUCUUCAGAAGCGCUUGGAGUACACAGCGGCACAUCGCGACGGUGACGAGUUUCACAGUGCAGAGCAAAAUGCAUUUCUGGUAGCUGACGCAGAGGCUUAUUACCGUGCUAUGUAUUCAAGCUCCGUGGAUUCUUGGUCUCUUAGAGACUCCCACAUGUUCGAAACUCUGAAACGUCUCCUCACUACUAAAGGCCCAGAGUCCAAGAUUGUUGUUUGGGCACAUAAUAGCCACAUUGGUGAUGCCAGAUAUACUAGCAUGGGAAGACGCAAGGGUGAACUGAAUAUCGGCCAGUUAUGCCGCGAAGGAUUUGGCAGAGAAAACGUUGCUCUAAUUGGGUGUAGUACACAUACGGGAACAGUGGCAGCCGCUAAUGAAUGGGGCAGUGAUGUGGAAAUCAUGGAUGUAGUGUCCUCGAGAAGUGACUCUUGGGAACACUUAGCCUAUCAAUCUGGGCAAGAUACGUUUUAUCUCGAGCUCAGGAAGGAUUUGGCCAAUCCUGAGCUGAUACGUGCAAUAGCAAAGGCGUCCCCCAAAUUAGAGCGAUUUAUCGGAGUGAUUUAUCGCCCCAAAACCGAACGUACCUCUCAUUACUCGUCUACCGAUCUCGCGGACCAGUUUGACGGCUUUGUCUGGUUUGAGCGCACAGAGGCAGUUAAACCUUUGGGGGGAGUGAAGAAGGUACAAGGAAAACGAGUAAAUGGGCCUUUGGAACUUUGGACCCUGCAGGGCGAAGCUAUGCUUGUUGAUCUAGUGGAUAUACUCACCGGCAUGGCGCCCGAGAGUUAA